AUGAUUGCCUACUUGCCAGUAAAUUUCCCAUCAGUUUUUGCUCUGGACAAGUGGGGAUCUCGUUACGGUGUACUAAUAGGAAUAUUUUUGACAACCUUAGGCCUAUGGUUAAGAUGUCUUAUAAACUAAAAUUUCAUCUGGGUUAUUGUUGGUCAAACUGUUUUAGCAGUUGCUUAACCAUUUACGUACAAUGCCCCUGCCAAAAUAUCUGCAAAUUGGUUUGGGGAAAAAGAGAGGCUUUAUUCGACGUCAGUUGCUGCAAAUGCGAAUACUUUAGGAAUCGCAAUAGGUUAUUUUAUUCCUGCCUUAUUUGUUAAAGACGAAGAUGAAUUCAAUGUGGAAGAUGCAAAGAAUCACACGUGGUAAUUGAUGAUGUGUGUGGCUAUAAUAUCUACCAUUAUAUUGAUACCAGUAGCUAUCACCUUUAAAGAUAAGCCGCCCACUCCUCCAUCUUUGUCAUAAUAAGGAUCAGAUAUAUUAAAACUAGAUUAAUCUUUAAAAAAAGAUUUGAUUUCACUUCUAAAAAACAAAGGGUUUAUGCUUACUUGUAUUGCUAAUGGAGGUGUCAUGAGUUUUUCUUAUGCAUUCACAACUGUAUUCGCUUAGAUGAUCUCUAUUUAUGGAUUCACUGCUUCUUAAAGUUCUUGGAUUGGUACUAUAUACCUUUUGGCAGGAAUCGUAGGUGGUAUAUUAGCGUCAGUUUAUUUGACUCAUAAGCCAAAAUAUAAGUUUUGCUCAAUUUUUAUUACAAUUGCCACAUUGGGAAUAAGUCUAAGUUAUGAUUUUUUGAUGGUUGCUUGCGUAUUUAAUGGCUUUUUUUGUCUUGGAAUUUUUUCAGUAGCCUAUGAAUUAGGAGUUGAAAUGUCUUUCCCUAUUGGCGAGGCAACAUCAGGAGGACUCACAAAUUCAGUAGCGAAUGUUUUUGGGUUUGCCUUAGUAAUGGCAAUGACACCAAUUUUAGAAAGAGCUGAGAAAUAAGAUGUUUUGAUAACAACAUUAAUAUUGCUAGGGGUUUUGCUAAUAUCCUUGCUUCUGUUUAUUUUCACAAAGUUUGACCUUGUGAGAUUAAAAUACGAGUAGGACAAGUUAAACAAUACUGGAUUUGGAUUAAGCAUGGAUAAAUUUAAUCAGAGUAUUAACUUGAAAGAUGAAAAUUUUUCUCCCAAUGGUCCAAUUGUGGUAGAGGAAAUAUGA